CUCUAAACUCUGCUUCUGCCUCAGUCCGUCGUCAUCCCACCAUUUUAUUAGUCUGCUUCUGCCACUCUGCCACCAGCCAGAACUCCCUCAAACCUCGCCUCCGGAUUGUUGUAACCCCCCCAUCUCAAUAAUAGCCCACAUUUUCCUCCCAAAACUCCAACUGGAUCGAUCGUAUUUUCUACCUCAUCUUAUAUCGCCAUUCCUCUUGUCUUUCUGCUCUUACUCUUACUUCAUCACUUGACGGCCCUUUGUCCUCCCCCGAUUUCCCAACAUACACCUCAGCCUCCGCAACCCCUCGACCAGUCAUUGGUCUCGACACGAACCCCGAUAAAACUUCUGCAACCCUUGCCGACCACCUUCCGAUUUUCUCCAACUUCUGCACCACCUUCGUCACCCCUCGAACCCAAACCCGGAAAUCCAAGGAGCUUCAGUCCCUCCGCAGACGGGUGAGUGCGGCCACCUCUGCAUCGGCUGUUGUCCGACACAGUCCCAGACGGUUUGAAGAGGAGGAUUUCAUUGCUAGUCCGCCAUCAUGGCGCAGACUGGGGUCAACUCUCACCACGCUGCCGAUCUACUGAGACAAGCCAUGGCACAAAAGUAGGUCCCGACUUUCGUCCCUCCUGAGCUUCUACAUCUUACCCCAGGCGACGGAGCUGCCUUGGGUCGGCUACGGAUGGUUGGGCAUCUGUCCACUCUAUACCAAGCCUCUCCGCCGCGUGUAGUCCUUCAGAUCGACUUUCUCAAGUCGAGAUGCCUUGACUGCACCUCCCUGCUGGACCAGUGACCCCUCCAGCUCCCAUGACAGCUCUCGCCAGCCUCGAACCAUGUUUCGCCACUUGAAUCCUAAUCCUGUGCCUGGACGCUUAGUGAACCUGUACUGUUUGAAUGCUGGUGGCAAAUCUGAUCGGACCUCGUUGCUGACUCACCGAGUAGUAGUGCCAGGCAAGACGCCCGCGAUGACCUCCAUGAGCAGAUCGGCUCGGGGUCCCCCACGCCUUCGGGCGUCGAAACCCCUCGACCUGAUUUCCACGACAAGCGACUCCCAGGCAUCAUGAGCUACUUUGGCCAGGUGGGUAGAGAUCCUUCUCAGAAUACACCGUCCCGGUCAUCACAAGUUGCUACAUACCCCGAAAAAGAUCAAGAAACUUCGUUUGUCUCCGUUGAGAGCGAGAGAGGGAUCCCCGCGAGUAGAUCUUCUUCUGCCUCGUCAGGCUCUAUGGUCAUGGUGGAGAGGGAGCCCGCCGCAGUACCCACCCCUCCACCUGAGGAUUCUCUCGGUGAGGCCGUUCGGUCUGGCUCAGGAACAGAUGCCUCUCGUUUGCCCCCUACCCCGAUCUCUUCUGCCGCGUCGGUGGUACAUCGGGAUGGCGAGGCCGCAGAGAAUGGUUCCUCCGUGGCAGAGGGUGGGAUUGCAUCAAUCACCCAAGCUCUGCGCAAUUUUGUGCUCCCCAAGACCUCCGCCAUUGGCAGAAAAGACCGUCGCCAUCAAUCCUUACCUGUUUCGAGCGUCACCAAGAGCACUGUCUCCGCUGCACACAUAUCAAACCCUACCUCUACGCACUCCUCGCAACCGCAUUCCCCCCAAAUCUCCUCUGAAAAUUCUGCUAAGCGUCCGCCGUCUCAAUCUGAACAAGAAUCAAGUGUGCUAACUUUGGGCGUGGCCGAUGUGCCGCGUGAUAAGAGUACUCCCCCUCAAACCCCACGAGCUUUGUCACAGGAGGAUCGAAGAGACCAAAAUCGAUCUCCUCUCUCAAGCACGAGCAUUCCGGCUGAAAAUCCACCCGUCGAGCUGGAGUCUGACCAAACGCGAAGCCGCCGUUCCUCCCUCCCCUCAACCACUCUGCCUCGUGGAAAAUUGUCCAUAAAAAUUGCCGAAGGUCGAAACAUACGGCCCUCUAUCGACCCUUAUGUGGUCUGUCAAUUUGAGUGGAACGAGUAUGUUUCAAAAGGUCCAAAGUUGGAUCGGAUGGAGGUCGAUGGCGAUAAUCAAAAGGGCCCUGUGGCCUCAUUACAAUCUGUCCCCAUUCGUAGGACAGACAGCGAUAUGGGAAAGCCAAUGGCCAUCCCCAUGCGAAGUCGUCAGAGUAGCUCCACGGGCGAGGAAAGGCCAUUCGAGAAGGUGACAGAUCCUCAGUGGGACCAUGAAGCAACAUUUGAUGUUGUCAGUCCUCGGUCAGAGCUCGACGUAACUGUAUACGACCGUGGUUCGGCGGAUGCCUUCCUCGGUCAUGUCAGGUUAUGUUUGAACUUGACAGAACAGCACCCCACCCUCGAAGGCUUUUUCCGCCUCGAACCCCGUGUAGAAGAGGACCAGGACAUCACUGGAGAGAUCCACAUUCGGAUGCAGUUUUCCAAGGUGGACAAGCGACAAUUUGGCCCCAAUGACUUUUCGAUCCUCAAACUCAUUGGAAAGGGGACCUUUGGCCAGGUCUACCAGGUUCGCAAAAAGGAUACACAAAGGAUAUACGCCAUGAAAGUCCUGUCCAAGAAGGUCAUUAUUCAGAAGAAGGAAAUCCAGCAUACCAUUGGAGAGAGAAAUAUCUUGGUCCGGACGGCAAUGACUGAUUCACCCUUCAUUGUCGGCCUCAAGUUUUCCUUCCAGACUCCGACCGAUCUGUAUCUAGUCACAGACUUUAUGUCGGGAGGAGAGUUGUUCUGGCAUCUUCAAAAAGAAGGCCGUUUCAAGGAAGACCGAGCCAAGUUUUAUAUUGCCGAGCUGAUUGUCGCCCUCAAACACCUCCACGAUCACGACAUUGUCUACCGAGACUUGAAACCCGAAAACAUCCUGCUUGAUGCCAAUGGCCACAUUGCAUUGUGUGACUUUGGUCUAUCCAAGGCCAACUUGAGUCAGGACGACACUACCAACACCUUUUGUGGUACGACCGAAUAUCUCGCCCCAGAGGUACUCCUCGACGAGCAGGGCUAUACCAAGAUGGUCGAUUUCUGGUCGCUUGGCGUCCUUGUCUUCGAGAUGUGCUGUGGAUGGAGUCCGUUCUACGCUGAGGACACGCAGCAAAUGUAUAAAAAUAUUGCCUUUGGAAAAGUUCGAUUCCCUAGAGAUGCAUUGAGCACCGAAGGUCGCAAUUUUGUCAAGGGACUACUCAAUCGAAACCCCAAGCACCGACUUGGUGCGACGAGAGAUGCGCAAGAACUCAUCGAGCAUCCGUUCUUUGCGGAUAUUGAUUGGGACGCCCUCGGCAAGAAGAACCUGGUGCCACCCUUCAAGCCAAAAUUGACCUCAAUGGCCGACACAUCCAACUUUGAUCCUGAAUUCACCAAUGCCCUCAACACGUCGUCUUCACUCAACGCACGUGCGGCAGCCCUGGCCGCGGGUGCAGCACCAGCCUCGACUCCUCUUUCGCCCACAAUGCAGAAUGCUUUCCAAGGAUUCACCUUUGUGGAUGAAAGUACAAUGGAGGAGCGCUUCGGUGGUUCGAGAGAGCCUGAUGACGACCGAUUCGAUGAGGUCAAUCUCACACGGUCAAGGACUCAGGAGCAUCGGAUGAGUGGUGUCCAAAGAACUGGGGAUGACGGCUUCUACUUUGAAGAAUGAGGGCCAAAUGCAGGUUUCGUGAGUCAAUCACGCUGUGUUGGCCCAGGUCGUCAUCCACCCUGAGACCCAAUGUUGACCCUUUUUUACGCUUGACUAUGAUUUGCAAAUCAGCUCUGUUAUCAUGAACAUACUGCAUCCUCACCGCCCCGUUAUCAGGGGUCAGACAUGAGUUAAUCGUCAUUGUUUAUAUCGUAUGUUGUUCACACAUGCAGUCAUCAUUGCGGCAGGUCCAAGUUCUUGCGCCGAGAAAAACCAGAAAAUUGUACCGACCACUUGGCCGUGGACAUUAAUCACAGUCAUUUAGGAUCGGGAACUUGGUUUCUGGUCCAUGUUUUUGCGCGCGGUACGAAGUCAUGGUUUGAAUGGAUUGCUGCGCUGGGUGAUUUAUAUGCCUGGGAAUUGCCAUAGUUUGGCGGGACGGAUUCGUCGAAGGAGUUCCAAAAAAACUGGCCCAUAAGCAUGACGCUGGAUUCAUCGCUUUGGAAGGAGUCGAGCUGGGGAAGGAUUGUAAAGCCAAAAAAGCAGUGAAGAGGAUCAUGACCAAGUAUGAGAAUGGGCAGGGCGAUUCAUGUUGGCAUGAAUGACCUGGAAUAGUUGGAAGUCUGUCUAGUCUACCUACUUACCUACCUACUACCUACCUCGUUGGUGACCUACCUAAUUACUCAAGAUCGAGUGCGCAAAAACGACCUUUAUGAGUGUGAGAGGAAGUUUGAGCUAAUCGAAAUUAUAAUGUUGCAUGAAGUAAAUCAAGAGCUUUCAAAA